AUGUCAACUUCUCUUGUUGCAGAUUAUAAUUCAGAUUCUUCGAGCGGUGGCGAAGAAACUUACUCAAAUAAAGUAGAAGAAAAGAUAACUUCACCACUAAAAAUCGUACCUAAAAGUAAAAGAGAGGGUCCCGUGAAAAUCGUAGUGGACCUUCCGGAAUCUAAUCAGGAUGGUGAAGAAGAAAAAUUAAAAGAAAAGCCGAAAAGAUCAAGAUUAGGGGAUUCCAACAGCAGUGGCUUAUUUGACCUUUUACCAGCGCCCAAGAGGCCAGCAAAAAAAGAGAAUCAAAAAUCUUCUACGGAGAUUCCUACUAAAACGUCCGAUGAAAUCAAAUCUACAGGAAUUACUGGUUUUGUUCCUCACACGCUUAAAAAACGCAAGCCUAUAACAACAGAAAAAACUUCUGCUUCGAUUGAUUCGGCUGGUUCGCUCUCUAAUUCAUUUUUUCCUCUGGGUGAUGAAAUCACAAAUAUAUUGUCAUCUAAAGAUACCGGGGACGUAUCUCCAAAUAAUAUCAAAUUUGACCCAAAUGAAUUAAAUAGUGUAGUAGAUUCGCGUGAAGAUAAUAUUGCAAAUAACUCGAAUUUUUCCGCGACCGAUGAAUACACCUAUGACCAGUGGCAAGAUGUAUCUGGAUACCAAGAAUCACAUUAUAAUGAUGAUCAACAAGUUCUCAAUGGAAAUGAACAUAUACAAUCAAGCUGGGGCCUAGAUGAAGAAGUGCUUCAGCAACUAGGUAGAAGAAGAGGAAGAAAUGAAGGACCUAUUGUAGUUAAGGAGAUUAAUGCAGCAGAUCAGAUGGCCGACGCAUGGCAAUCACAAAUGGCCGACCUAUCAAACCCUUUCAAGAAAUCGGGUACAGGACAUUCGAGUUUCAAACCAACCAAGGGCCAAAAAAGAAAACAUAAUCUUAUGUACCUUGCUCACCAAGCUAGUGUUAUGGAAAACGAUUUGAAGGAGCAACAUUCCUUAAAUAAAAAGACCAAGAGAGAAACCCAAGCAAAAUAUG